UAAAUAUGGCGUUAAGGGAAAGUAAAUUCAAAUAUAACUCACUCAGAAACCUCUAGACCACCUCCAAUCGCCUUACCCCUGCCCACUCUAGCCAUACAUUCCUCAACCCCAAUAAGACCCCCAUUCUCCCCUCUCGUCUCCCGACAGAGCUCUACAACGCGCACAGCAACUUCAAAAUAGAAAUCGGUCACAUCACCACCCAGGAUCUGAGUCCAGAAGCUACCUCCUUCUCCCAAGCCAGCAUGACACAUGCGCGCAAACUCAGCGCGGAAUGUUGGAUUCGAUUUAAUCGUCGAGGCAUGCUCGAGGGCAAAGGAAUGCAGAAGGGACUGGAAGACGGAGAGCUGGGUCUGUAGAGAGGUAAGGCUCCCAGGCCAACGCCGCGACGGGCAGACAUGGUUCGUUUUUAAGAGGGAUAUUGGCCGCAUACAUAAGAUAUGUAACAGCGUGUGUGUUGGAACGAACAUACAAGGACAAUGUCGUUUGCCAGGCCUGUCACAGCAAGCGUGGAUGGGAUGGCCGCUGAUAGAUGACAUAAUAGCCCUAACCUUCCCGAUCAGAAUGUAACGUGACGCCGAAAAAAGGCUAAUUUAAUAAAGGCUAGCGUUGUUAUAACAUCCACACAAAUUCAUUCUCUUCGGCAUUUUUGUUCUUGUUGCUUCUUGAACCUCGACAGACUCCAACGGUACGACAAUUCCAAUCGCCAACAGACGACAAACGUCCAUCAUUCGACAUGGCUACCUCUGUACCAACCCAGGACCAGGUCCUCGUGCCUGAGACGCUUCUGAAGAAGCGCAAGAGCCAGGAACAAGCUAGAGUCGCGACCACUGCUGAGCUCAUCAAGCGGAAGAAGGCCAACAAGGAGAAGCGUGCUGUUAUUUUCAAGCGUGCCGAGUCGUACGUCAAGGAGUACCGCGAUGCUGAGCGCGAGAAGAUCCGCCUUGCCCGCUUGGCCAAGCAGCAGGGCAACUUCGAGGUCCCCGCCGAACACAAACUCGUCUUCGUUGUCCGUAUUAAGGGUAUCAACAAAAUCGCCCCCAAGCCUCGCAAGAUUUUGCAGCUUCUCCGUCUCCUUCAGAUCAACAAUGGUGUCUUCGUCCGUCUCACCAAGGCCACCCAGGAGAUGCUUACCAUUGUCAACCCUUACAUCGCCUAUGGUUAUCCUAACCUGAAGAGCGUGCGCGAGCUCAUCUACAAGCGCGGCUAUGGAAAGAUCAACAAGCAGCGUAUUGCCCUCAGCGACAACCAGAUCAUUGAAGAGAACCUCGGCAAGUACGGCAUUGUCUGUAUGGAAGAUCUGAUCCACGAGAUCUACACUGUUGGCCCCAACUUCAAGCAGGCCUCCAACUUCCUGUGGCCAUUCAAGCUCUCCAACCCCACUGGUGGCUUCAGAACCCGCAAGUUCAAGCACUACAUUGAAGGUGGUGAUGUUGGUAACCGUGAGGAGAACAUCAAUGCUCUUAUCAAGCAAAUGAACUAAAUACACAAAAUGGAGAAAUAAAAUUUUACUUGAUGAUCAGCAUGUUCCUUUUUCAAUGGGCUGUUUCUUUUUACUGAGGUAUCUUUUUAGCGGGCUAUGGGACAUAUACAGGUUUUCAGUUUUAUUAAAUCUCGCAAUUUUUAAAAAUAAUUAGGAAUCCAAGUAUCUUGAAACAACCCGAACUUGUAUUGUACUUACUACUAUUUUGUCUCGUAUGCUUUCGAAGUAUUUCGCAAUUGCGGAGCUUUGGGUUUUGGUCGUCCGUUCCAGCCCAACAAAUGUAAUUGCUGAGAAAUUCUCUCAAGGCCUGAUAUUCUG